CAAACAUAAGGCGAAAAUUAGUUUUGGGGUGCUUCUUGUAUCGUUUUCCAAAUUCUGUCCUCCCCCAAAAAGCUCUCAUGAACGCCCAGCACGAAGAACUGAAGUAACAGAAGGAGAGAGAAAGCGACCACGUUUCACCGGAGCGAGAUUUGUUUCUCUCUCAUCACCGGAUUCCCCUUUCGAUCAUAACCCUAACCCUACACACUCCUCCCUUUCAGAUCUCCCAAUUCUAAUUUAUUGGAUCGAUAAUCAAAUCAAAUCAAAAUGGAUACGUCGGCCUGCAUAAAAGAAGUGAAUAGAUCGGCAUCGGUUGCCUUUGCCCCCGAAGCCCCGUUGAUUGCCGCCGGAACUAUGGCGGGAGCUGUCGACAUGUCGUUCAGCUCGUCCGCGAAUCUGGAAAUCUUUCAACUUGACUUCCAAUCUGACGAUCGCAAGCUUCCCUUAGUUGGGGCGAUACCCAUUUCGGAGCCAUUUAAUCGGUUAUCUUGGGGAAAAUCCCCGACAUCGGGUUCGGAGGAAUUCUCACUCGGGCUCGUUGCCGGUGGCCUUGUCGACGGCACAAUCGGUAUCUGGAAUCCACGACUACUUAUCAGUUCGGAAGAAAAGGAAGGCGCUCUUGUUCAACAACUUACAAGACACAAAGGACCUGUUCGUGGUCUUGAGUUUAGUGGUCUUUCACCAAACCAUCUUGCUUCUGGUGCAGAAGAAGGAGAAAUCUGUAUAUGGGAUAUUUCUAAACCAUCAGAACCUACACAUUUUCCUCCUCUCAAGGGAAGUGCGUCAGCUAAACAGGGUGAAAUAUCUUAUUUAUCAUGGAACAGGAAAGUUCAGCCUAUCUUGGCAUCCACUUCCUUUAAUGGGACAACUGUGGUGUGGGACCUUAGGAAGCAAAAGCCAAUUAUAAGUUUUUCAGAUUCAGUUAGAAGACGAUGCUCUGUUUUACAGUGGCAUCCUGAUUUUGCCACUCAACUGAUUGUUGCUUCGGAUGAUGAUAGUUCACCUUCUUUGAGGAUAUGGGAUAUGCGGAACACAAUGUCACCAUUGAGAGAGUUGGUAGGCCACAAUAAAGGUGUUGUUGCAAUGUCAUGGUGUCCCAGUGAUAGUUCUUAUUUGCUUACCUGUGCCAAAGAUAAUCGCACUAUUUGUUGGGACACUAGUUCUGGCGAGAUUGUCUCUGAACUUCCAGCUGGAACCAAUUGGAAUUUUGAUGUUCACUGGUAUUCAAAGAUACCAGGAAUCAUAUCAGCAUCUUCAUUUGAUGGCAAAAUUGGCAUUUAUAAUAUUGAGGCUUGUGCUCGAUAUGGUGCUGGUGAGAAUUACUAUGGACAAGCACCUUUAAAAGCCCCAAAAUGGUACCAACGAAAAGCUGGAGUUUCUUUUGGUUUUGGUGGAAAACUUGUUUCUUUUCACACAACUGGUUCUUCUGGACCUUCAGAGGUUAAUGUCCAUGACUUGGUUACUGAGCACAAUUUAGUUAAUGCCUCAUCUGAAUUUGAAGCUGCAAUGCGUAGUGGAGAUAGAUCUACUUUACGUGUUCUAUGUGACCAAAAAUCUCAAGAAUCUGAAUCCGAGGAUGACAGAGAAACAUGGGGAUUCUUGAAAGUGAUGUUUGAAGAUGAUGGGACAGCAAGAACAAAGCUUCUACACCAUCUUGGAUUCACUUUGCCUGUUGAAGCAACUGAAACUGUUCAAGAUCUGACACAAGAUGUAGGUGCUUUAAAUUUUGAGGAACAUGAAGGAGCUAAAGAUGGAUUUAUGGGCGAAAACCAAGCAAUAAACACUCCAACUGAUUAUGGGGAAGAUUUCUUUAACAAUCUUCCAAGUCCUAAAUGUGACACACCUGUCUCAACUCCUGGAAGGAAUGAAGAAUUGGGAGCUGUUGCACAGUGUAUAGCUGCAGAUAAAAUGGCGGAUGCUUUAGUUAUUGCUCAGGUUGGUGGUGCUUCCCUGUGGGAGAGCACACGUGAUCAGUACCUUAAAAAGAAUCGUUCUCCUUACCUAAAGGUUGUUGCUGCAAUGGUAAAUAAUGAUCUUGUUAGUCUAGUAAACACCAGGCCCCUGAAAUCCUGGAAGGAAACACUUGCUCUCUUAUGCACUUUUGCUCAAAGGGAGGAGUGGACUUUACUUUGUGAUACCCUUGCCUCUAGACUUGUAUCUUCUGGUAACACGUUAGCUGCGACUCUUUGUUAUAUAUGUGCUGGGAACAUUGAUAAAACAGUUGAAAUUUGGUCAAAGAAUGUUACCACUGAGCACAAAGGAGAAUCCUAUGUUUCCCUUCUUCAGGAUUUGAUGGAGAAGACUGUGGUUCUUGCUUUAGCAACUGGACAGAAGAGAUUCAGUGCUUCUUUAUGUAAACUUGUUGAAAAGUAUGCUGAGAUUUUAGCAAGUCAAGGACUUUUGACAACAGCUAUGGAGUAUUUGAAGCUAAUGGGCACAGAAGAUUUGUCUCCUGAACUUGUGAUCUUAAGAGAUCGGAUUGCCCUUUCCUCUCAACCAGAAAAAGAGGCAAAUGGUUCUGCUGAUUAUGGUCACUCUCAACCACAAAUGGGAGCUGUAUAUGGUGCAAACCAGCAUACAAACUCUGUCGUGGAACCUACGAGAAACUAUUAUCAGGAUGAGAAUUCUUAUCAACGUGAAAGCUAUCAACAACCACCUGCUCCUUUAUACAACACGCAAUAUCAACAGCCACAACAUCCCUCCAUGUUUGUUCCAUCUCCUGCAGCUCAAAUUCCACCCACAACGGGGUUCAAUCCAGCUCCAGUUGCAACUCAAGCUGCCCCGAAAGUAUUUGUUCCUUCAACUCCACCUAUCAUGAGAAAUGCCGACCAAUACCAGCAACCCCCGACCUUGGGGUCUCAGCUAUAUCCUAAUCAGGUGAAUGCUAACCCUGGUUACCAAGCGGGACCACCUGGACCGGUUUCAGUUGGUCCUGUCCCAUCUCCAAUGGUCCCCACCAGUGGGCCGAAAAUCACACAGGGUGUAGCACCACCAGUCAGGGGGUUCAUGCCUGUAAAUAACAACACCACAGGAUUACAAAGAAGUUCCUCAAAUCAAAUGCAACCACCAAGUCCCUCACACCCUGCUCCACCUCCUGUUGCCCCUCCAACUGUCCAGACUGCUGACGUGUCCAAUGUCCCAGUCCAACAAAGGCCGGUUAUUGGGACUUUGACCAGACUUUUCAACGAGACAUCGGAAGCAUUGGGAGGGGCGAAUGCAGUUCCAGCUAAGAAACGUGAAAUUGAUGACAACUCAAAGAAACUCGGGGCGUUGUUUGCUAAACUUAACAGUGGUGAUAUUUCCAAAAAUGCUGGUGAAAAGCUUGUGCAGCUUUGUCAGUCGUUGGAUCGUGGUGACUUUGCUACUGCCCUCAAGAUUCAGGUGGAUCUUACGACUAGUGACUGGGAUGAGUGUAGCUUCUGGUUAGCAACACUGAAACGGAUGAUCAAGAUUAGGCAGACUGCCAGAUAAAUGGAAUGGAGUCUGUACACAGGAAGUUGGUGGUCUAGCAAAGUUUAGUUCCUUUUCUUAUUAUAUCCAAAGGAUAUUUUUAAUAUUUGCAUGGAUUUAUUGAUAUUUAUUUUUCUUACUUUACUUUUUAUAAAGCAAUUGAUGACCCAAGAUAGGUUUGUUCAUGGAUGGAUUUAUCUUCUGUUUUUAUUUGUGUAUGGAGUUA